AGGAGGAGCCGCGCAUCGAGCUUGCCGUCAAGAAUGAGUUCCGCAACGUGGGACGCAAUACCAAGAAGACGAUCUCGCAGAUUCUGGCUCCAGCCCCUACCCAGUACCUCAGCCCGGACAUGAUCAUGAUCCAGCAGGCCCUCGUGGUCUGCAGCACCACCUCGAAGAACAUCGCUGAUAUUCCGACUGGUGCGAAUUUUGCCAACGCUCUGGCGGACCAAGGUGGCUUGGAUGGUUUCACGGACCCGGGGCUGGAUUUGCUUAAUGUAUAUCGUUAGACUAUGGACUUGGCUACUAUUCUUUACGGUUAGCUGUGCAGUUUCUGGCUGGCAUUGGCAUACUCAUACUCAUACCGUUUCAAGUUUUCACGUCUUAUCUUUUAGAAAUGUUCUUGAUGCUGCAACGAGACUACAGCUCAGCAUCUUGGAGCUUUCCAUACUUCUAAAAACGGCGCAGCCAUCUCCAUCGAAGUCGAUUCCUCACUUCUCUCUUAGCAGACGAGUGGCGCUUUGAAAGCAGAGCAACAGACCACCCGCGCUGGGGGUGCGAAUAUGUUGAAGGGCUUAUCUAAGGCGAACAAGAAGACCACAAAGGUUGAGCGCAAGGCGAAACUGGAGGCCAUGGCGUUGGUUUGUGUGGAGCAUGGAAUCAUCAAGGCGAAGAACGAUAGAGGCCCGCCUCUUACCCUUCGUGGGUUCAAGGACUGGUAGUCUUGUUUUCUUGGUUUUUCUUGUAAAGAAGUAGGCUGACCUAGUUGGAGGCUCUUGGUGUUUCACUCUGGCUGCAUUCUAAACCUUAGUCUCAAGCAUCAUCGUCGAGCUAUGCGACUACCAGUCUGCUACUUUGUUUUUUAUCCCACACCGAACCUUCGCAAUCCUUUCACCCUGAUAACUUUCAACGUGCAUCGUCUCGAAACCCAACAGGAUCGAAACGAACCACAACGAGGCCAAGGACUUGGAGUGCCUGGAUCAAUUUUAUCAAGGCAUCAAACAACCCUGCGAGGAUGGAAACAUGGCUCCGCUGGUGCAGCUGAAGCGCGCCGUUCUCACGCAAGAGCCACCGCAGAGCGUCAUGCGCAAGUACUUCACGAGCGAGACCAUUGCUGCGGUAUUUUCUCCUUUUAGAUGUUUCAUUCGUUGAAACUCUGUGAUGUGCUUGCUAGUGUUGAAAUGCCGCCGGGCUCUCUUAGAUAUGGCAAGACUUUCACUUUUUGAAGUAGUGUGAUGAGGUGGCCCAUCUACUGUUCAACUCGUGGCGGUGUUGAUGUUUCUUUUUCAAAUUAAUCAAACUCAAUCACCAGCUGAUCGAUGCUGCGGUUACGGACCAGAACCAGGACAAGCUUCGGAUGAUGGUUGUCGAUCCCACGAACGACGCGGCGAC